AUGGGGAGGCAUUCUUGUUGCUACAAGCAGAAGCUUAGGAAAGGCCUCUGGUCUCCUGAAGAAGAUGAGAAGCUUCUCAAUUACAUCACUAAGCAUGGCCAUGGCUGUUGGAGCUCAGUCCCUAAGCUUGCAGGCCUACAAAGAUGUGGGAAGAGCUGCAGGUUGAGGUGGAUAAACUACCUGAGGCCUGAUUUGAAGAGAGGUCCAUUCUCACAGCAAGAAGAGAAUUUGAUAAUAGAGCUUCAUGCAGUUCUGGGAAACAGGUGGUCUCAGAUUGCAGCUCAAUUACCAGGAAGGACAGACAAUGAGAUCAAGAAUCUAUGGAAUUCCUGCAUUAAGAAGAAGCUGAGGCAAAGAGGCAUUGACCCCAACACUCACAAACCAAUCUCAUCAGAAACUGAACAAACUGAUCACAGCAAAGAGAUAAGCCAGCUCUCCUCUCCAACAAACUACAAAGGCAAUGAGCAGCAAAAAGCCUCUGUGGGAUCCAAUGAACUCAAUCUGGUUGAGGCUGUAGCGAAUUCCAAGCAAGUCGAACACCACAGGUACCCAGUUGAGGUCUCUUCUUCCAGUAAAGUUAUCAGCAACAGCAACAACACCCAAGACUUCUUCAUAGACAGAGCUGCUUGUACCUCGCAUGAAGGCUCCACCACCACCAAUUGCAGGCCUUCUGAUUUUGUGGGGUAUUUCUCUUUCCAUCAUCACCACCAGUUCGGGUCAUCAUCUUCAGAGACCAUGGGGCUCAAUGCAGUAAAUCCAAACCAAACUUUCAGCUUCCUCAAUCAAAACUCCAGGUCCAACUCUGAUCCUCAAAUGGUGUCCGAGUUCAGCACCAGCAUGACUACACCACCGUCACUUCUGCCCUCCAUGUCAAGUAGCUCACUUUUCGGCACACGUGUGAAGCCUUCCAUUAGUCUUCCCUCUGAUAAUUCUUCCACUGUCUCAUGGGACCAGUCCAGUGCCGGCUACAGUAACAAUGGCGGGUUCGACAACACUGCAGCCGCUUUCUCUUGGGGGCUACUGCCAGAAGUGCCUGUGAAAUCCGACGACGUAGAAGAGAUUAACAAAUGGUCUGAGUAUAUCCACAGUCCAUUUCUGAUGGGAGCAAACACUAUGCAGAAUAUAAAUCAAUCCUCCCAGUAUAACAGUACUGAAAUCAAACCAGAAACACAGUACUUCAUGACCAGCAAUGGAGCAAGUAGUGCUAGUGCAGCCACCACGAGUUGGCCUCAUCAUCAUCAGCAAGCCAAUAACUUACAACCUUCUUCAGAAAUGUACACAAAGGAUCUUCAGAGACUCGCAGUAGCUUUUGGACAGACCCUUUAAUUAGCUUCAUCAGCUUUAGCUAUUCCAGCUAACUCGAGAGACCGGAAUUUCAAAAUCAUCACCAGAAGUUUGUCAGUUUGAUGAAUGUGAGAGGGGGGCUUGGAAAGGCUUCUUCUGGUUAUUAUUACUACUACUACAGGUGUGUGUGGCUUCUAUAGGAUUCUUCUUCUUCUUUUUUUCGAUUUUUUGUAAAUGUGUCCGAUUAUACCAAAACUUCAAUCUCUCUCAGCCUUUUUUUAUUGUGAUCAUGUUCUGUGCAAUGGAGCUUAUGUUCAAGCAUCAUAUUGUGCAUGAAAUACAGUAGCUAGAAUUACAGAAUGAGGCUUGGUAAUUACAUUGUCUUCAACUAUAUAUCUUUAACGUAUUUGCUUAAUUCAUUUGUUCUUCAUCAAUUAUUUUUAGUAAUCAUUCAAUUCA